AUGCGGCGGGCGAGGGAGAACAUUGACCUGGGGACCAUCGGAAUCGGGGAGAUCAGGACCAGGAAUGCCGCUACGGCGGCCCUAGUCCUCGGGAUCCUCGGUCCGGAGGGGCAUGCCAGGGUGGAUGCUAGCAAAAUGUCGGCCCUUUUCGCCAAAAAAGAGGACGUGCGUAUCGCGCGUCCGGUGAAGAAGGCCGACAUCCGGCUCCGCAAUCUGGACGACGCGACCACAGUGGAGGACGUAGUCUCCGUGGUGGCGGUCGUAUGGGGUUGCGGACUCGGGGAUAGUAAGGCCGGAGUUAUCCGGACCGGGACGGGCCGCAUGGGAACGCUGUGGAUACAAUGUCCUCUUACGGCUGCCCGCAAAUUAUUGGACGCAAGACACCUAAAAGCAGGCUGUCCUCCGUCCUCCGUCCGGGUGGAGGCCCUGACAAAGCGCCCCAUCCAGUGCUUCAAAUGCCUGGAGUGGGACAUGUCAGAGUCUCCUGUAGAAGUAAGGCCGACCGCAGUGGUCUUUGUUACCACUGCUGUUCGGCCGACCACAGGACCGCCACGUGCGACGCACCGGUAA